UACCUACAUAAUGCGAAGGCUGUUAUAUUUGCCCAGCAUUAUGCACAUAUAUUUUUAUAUCGCGACAUAAAUUGAACUCAAGGCAGUUGCUACCGGUCUCGGCUCUACUUCACACUGAUUUGAAGUUUAUUUUUAAUGGAUAUAUUACAAGAGUUACCGAUAAAUAAAUGGCAUUUACUUCAGAAAAAAUUGAAGAAUUUGUGGCCACAUAACGUGCCGGGGUACUACGCUCUGUAUCUAAAUACAAAGUGCCCUGGAGUGCGGGAUGCAUUUAAGUUCAAAGUAUAUUGUCCUUACGGAGAUAUGAACAAUGGAUUUAUUGCUAUUAGUCAUAAGGGUACGUUUGACUGCAUAAUAUUUUCAAUAACAGAAGACACGAGCAAAUUGGAAGAAGCUAUCCUGAAUACAAAGUUGAUCGACUGGAGUCAACUUGUGCUGUUUGAUUUGGUGACGUCUGUCACUGUGAAGUGUUUGGAGAGGAUAAGAAAUGUUUUUGAGUUCAGUCAUUGGCACUUGGGGAGGGUGAAGAUGUACUACCUAGAUCAUAGAACGAAGCCAUUUGAAGACCUAAGAUGCCCUUCCGACACUUAUUUGGCACCGGUGAAACAAGAUAACAUUCAACGGGUUGACGAUACGUGGCCUUACCGGCAUUCAGGAUCACGCUUCUACUUCUCAACAUUAGACUCCAACUCUUUGUCAUUCGGCUUAUUUUCCUCUGCCACGGACCAAUUGUUGGCUUGGACCUUUUUGAACGAGUAUAAUUUUGUAUGCCAUUUGUACUGCGAAGAGGAAUUCAGAAGGAAUGGAUAUGCCGAGUACUUGGUGAGGUUUGUUGUAAAUCGGGAAUUAGUGGCGGGUAAUGAUGUGUAUGCGUAUGUUGAGGUGGGUAAUGAGCGGUCGGCAGGUUUGUUUACGAAAUUAGGCUUUAUGGAUGUGGAUGAUAGCGGUUAUCUGUUCGUUCAGAAAUAAUUUUAAUCCACCUAUCGUUGUGUCAAUUAGGAUUUUAUUUAUCUUAUGUUGUAAUUUAUAUCUAUAUAGUUUAAAAGCAGUUAGAUAAAGUUUAUGUAAUAUGAAUUGGUAGACAAUUUAUUUAUGUGAUAAUAAAAUAAUUUAGUUAAGCAAUAUUUUGAA